CGCUCUCCUAGGGCAGUGGUCCCGACGCUGCCCGUCGCGUCGCCGUGGGCGACGUGCCCGCUUCCAAAAUGGCGACGGCGGCGGCCGUGUCUGGUGCGCUUGGCCGGGCGGGCUGGAAGCUUCUGCAGUUGCGGUGCCUGCCCGUGACCCGUUGCCGACCAGCCCUGGUGCCACGUGCCUUCCAUGCUUCAGCUAUGGGGCUAAGGUCUUCAGAUGAGCAGAAGCAGCAGCCUCCCCCUUCAUUUUCUCAGCAGCAUUCUGAGACACAGGGGGCAGAAAAACCUGAUCCAGAGUCUUCUCAUCCACCCCCCAGGUAUACAGACCAGGGCGGCGAGGAGGAGGAGGGCUAUGAAAGUGAGGAGCAGCUGCAGGACCGCAUCCUGACGGCAGCCCUGGAGUUCGUGCCCACCCACGGGUGGACAGCAGAGGCGAUUGCAGAAGGAGCCCAGUCUCUAGGUCUCUCCAGUGCAGCAGCCAGCAUAUUUGGGAAGGAUGGCAGUGAACUAAUACUGCAUUUUGUGACCGAGUGCAAUGCCCGGCUCACACGCGUGCUGGAAGAGGAGCAGAAGCUGGUACAGUUGGGCCAGGCAGAGAAGAAGAAGACAGACCAGUUCCUGAGGGAUGCAGUGGAAACCAGACUGAGAAUGCUGAUCCCAUACAUUGAGCACUGGCCCCGGGCCCUCAGCGUCCUCAUGCUCCCUCACAACAUCCCGUCCAGCCUGAGCCUGCUCACCAGCAUGGUGGAUGACAUGUGGCAUUACGCUGGGGACCAGUCCACUGAUUUUAACUGGUACACCCGCCGAGCCAUGCUGGCUGGCAUCUACAACACGACAGAGCUGGUGAUGAUGCAGGACUCCUCUCCAGACUUUGAGGACACUUGGCGCUUCCUGGAAAACCGGAUUAAUGAUGCAAUGAACAUGGGCCACACUGCCAAGCAGGUAAAGUCCACAGGAGAGGCACUGGUGCAAGGACUCAUGGGUGCAGCGGUAACGGUGAGUACUGCCCAGCACAUCCCUGCCCCUCCUCUCUCCCACUCCAGCCCUGUGAUAUAUGUGUUACUGACUUCACAUCAUUUUGUAGCCCUAACCUGGAAACCUAAUAAUCUAAUAAUAAGGCUGACAGUGGUUCAGCCCUAGUGUCUUGAUUCCAAAAACCCCACUUCUUUAUUUUUUCCUCUUAUCAGGAGAUAUCACUGACUCCUGGGACCCUGGUAUAUCAAGUCUCUGUAUCAUAGCUGCACCUGCCACCUUGCAAACCUGGAUCUUGGCCAGGUGCGGUGGCUCAUGCAUAUCAUCUCAGUACUUUGGGAAGAUUGCUUGAGCCCAGGAGUUUGAGGCCAGUCUGGGCAUCAUGGCAAAACCCUGCCUCUAUGCAAAAAAAAAAAAAAAGAAAAAGAAAAAGAAAAGCUACAUCUUUUCUAUUAGAGUUUAUAGGCAGGGUAAGCCCUCACUAUGCUUUUUGUUUCCAUUCCCGUGUCAGCUCAAGAACUUGACAGGUCUAAACCAGCGUCGGUGAGAGGAAAGGGUGUAAGCUACAAUGCCUAGAAGAGAAUGAGUGGACAGAUUGAAAGAGCUUUGAAAAGUAUGAGGUGCCAUCCGUGUAACCUGGUGUUCAUGAGAACACACUAAAGGACUCCUGAGACACUACCACAGCCACCUGGAAACCACAAGGCAUUUGAUGCUACCGUUCUGGUCAGGGAUUGGGCCGCUUCUUCAGUUCCUAAUACCAGACCAAGCCUCCUGAUGCCUUUCUGCACUGCAAUUGUGUGAUUGAAAAAUGAGAUGUUCAUCCAAGCAGUCAAGCCACAGAAACCCAGCAUGUCCCUGUCACGAUCUCAUGGGCACCUUGAUCAUGUCUUAACCUUCCAUUAACCUUGGGGCUCCCAAGCCAGAGUCAAGGUGACGCAUGCCUCAUGCCACCUCAAGGUGACAGCUCAUCCCCAGCACAGCACAGGCGUGUGCACACAGAGGUGUUCCUUGCACCCCCCUCCCUCUCAGGUGUCCUGAGAUGCUACUCCUGGGAAACCCCUCAGAAAACUGCCUCACCUGAGACAAGUGCCUGCUGGACAGAGGUGUGAUCCCAGGCCUGGUGUCAUAUGACACCAGCAUGCAUCGCAGGAUUAUUAGUGUAUUUUGAGUCUAAAAAUAAUAAAUAUGUUUGAAGUAGUUUCC